CGGAGGAAAUUUUUUCUUUCUCAUUCCUGACCAGAUUUGGAUAAUAUUGUUUUCCCGGCCUCCCGGGUGGGAGGGCUCAAUAAAGCGCCACCUAUGGUGGCCCCGAACAACAACAACAACAAAUGUUAUCUUGAUAUGAUCGUCUCUUUCUUGUUCUGCUCUAGUGAGGUGAAGUGAAGGUAUAUUUCAGGAGAAAACUGACGGAAUUAUUAACCCAGAAGCACAAGAUAUAUAAUUAAAUGAAGUCCCAAAGACUGCACAGCUUCUCAAGCAAAACUUUGCAUACACUACGUAUACUUAAAAUUAACAUGGUUUAUACAUAAUAAAACUCACAGUAAGAUGAUAAAAUUGUUAAGAGAACCCAGCUCUUGCAAAAUAAAAAAAAUCACAUGAAAGUUUAUUUUGAAAAUAUGUCUGUGCUUAAAAUGUAGUCUUAAUAGUGAAAGGAAAUUAUUAUUACACAAGAUUCUUUACAAAAGGAAACAUAUUAAACCUUACUAGUGUUUCAAGCAUUUCCAGAAUGGCUGCUCUAGGUGCAAAUAUGGGAGUUGAUAAUGAAGAAAAAUCUCAUCAGUGUACCGUGUGUUUUAAAAAUUUUCGCCUAAAAGGUCAUUUAACAGUACAUGCAAGAGCUCAUACGGGAGAGAAACCAUUUCAUUGUACAAUGUGUGAAAAAGCAUUUGCUCAAAAAUGUCAUCUGGCUAGACAUUUGAGACUCCAUACAGGAGAAAAGCCAUAUCACUGUUUGGUGUGUCCAAAGAGCUUUUCACGGAAAUUUGUUCUAGAUGAGCAUAUGAGAAUUCAUACAGGGGAAAAACCAUAUCACUGUUCUGAUUGUUCAAAAAGCUUUGCACAAAGAUCUCAUUUAGUAAUACAUAAGAGAAUUCAUACAGGAGAGAAACCAUAUCAGUGUUUGGAGUGUUUGAAAAACUUUAGAGGAAGUAGUGCCCUGGUACUACACAUGAGAGCUCAUACAGGAGAGAAACAAUUUCAGUGUGCGAUCUGUUCUAAAUCAUUUUUACAUAAACCUUAUCUAGUAACACACAUGAGAAUUCAUACAGGAGAGAAGCCAUUCCAAUGUUCAGUGUGUCUAAAAUGUUUCUCACAAAGAUGUGAUGUAGUGAAACAUAUGAGAAUUCAUACAGGAGAGAAACCAUACGAGUGUUCUGUGUGUGAAAAAAGCUUUAAGCAAAAAUCUAAUCUAUUAGAACAUGAGAAAAUUCAUGUGGCUGAGAAAUUAUACCAGUGUAAAUUGUGUUCAAAACAGUUUUCAAACAAAAGUUAUUUAAGACAACACAAAAGAAUUCAUACUGGAGAGAAACCAUAUCAGUGUGUAGAAUGUCUUAAAUGCUUUUCACAAAAAUCUUAUUUGACAAAACAUAUAAAUGUUCAUACGAAAGAGAAAAGAUAUCAGUGUUUAGAAUGCUUAAAACAUUUUUCAGGUAAAUCUGGUUUAGUGAUGCAUAUGAAACGUCACACAGGUAAAAAACCAUAUCUUUGUGCAGUGUGUUUUAAAUCGUUUUUAUAUAAAUCUUAUCUUGUAACCCACAUGAGAAGUCAUACAGGAGAGAAGCCAUUCCAGUGUUCAGUGUGUCUUAAAAGCUUUUCACAGAGUUGUGAUGUAGCAAAACAUAUGAGAAUUCACACAGGAGAGAAACCAUAUCAGUGUACAGUGUGUCAUAAAGGCUUUACACAAAGAGGUGAUGUAGUGAAACAUAUGAGAAUUCAUACAGGAGAAAAACCAUAUCAAUGCUCAGUGUGUCAAAAAAAAUUUAAAGUAAAAUCUCAUCUACUGCAACAUUCAAGAGCUCAUGUGAAACGUGCUCAUUAAAAUCAUAAUACUGACAAGUGGUAAACAGACAAUGCAGUAAUGGACAGGGUUUCACCUAGGAGUGAGCUUUUUAACCCCUAAAUGGUCCAAAUGUAUAUAUACGUUCACUCGUGUAGCGCCUCAAAUUUUUUGAGAAAAAUAAAAUUUUUUUUUUUAAUAGGAAAAAAGAGCAUAUGGUACCCAGGCAUCCCCAAUUAUUUUAAUAUGGUGCACAGUGAGUGCGCACACCCAUUCUCUCAUUUCUAGGUGACUCAGGCUUAUUGUGGCAGUGUUAAAUGAAUGACAAAGAAAACGUAUACAGGUCUCCCUCAACAUUCGCGAGAGUUAGGGGAUCAAGAGCCUCGCGAAUGUUGAAAAACCGUGAAUGUUUGGUGCCCCAAUAUAUUGUAGGGAAAUAUAUUACAAUACUGCUUCCUUAACUUGUUGAACCAUGAAUAAUCAUAAAAUACAUGAAAACGUCAUAAAUUGUACUAAAUAUAUACAUGUUAUGCUUUAGUAAUGUAUGUUGUUUAAUAACAUGUAUGUUAAUAACAUGUAUGUUAUUAAAUACCACAGUCCCUACUACCCUCCCUCCGACCCCAGCAACUGGCAGCCAGCCCUCCCACCACUCAGUGUGGUGAGUUUUGUUUGUUCAUUAUUUGCUAUUAA